AUGGAGAAGUUAGGAUUCCACAGGGUAUCCAACAGCCCCAACAUGCCAGGACAGCCCACUAUUUCCCACAGUCGUCCAAACCAACCCGAUGCCCCCUUGGCCCCACAAUUACCCCCCUCACCAGCGUUUAAACGCCAAUUCGAAGUAGCCAACGGACCCAACAACAGAGUGGCCCUUUCCAACUGUAUUGGGGUCAACCCUCGAGACUUCGCCGACUUCCCCAACCGUGCGCCUCUCCUCUUGGAUGGAAAUUACGUCUGCACGCUUGAAAAGGAAGAAACGGUUGCUCCAGGCACUAUCGGGUUAGCUGCCAAUGUCAGAUUAUGGGGUAAGUGGUCUUUGACCCAAACUAUCUUGGUCGAAUCCUACAACAUCUUCCUGGGAAAGCAACAGCAGCAACAGCAGUACUUGGGUGGGCUCGAGAUCUUGAUUGAUUUUCACGUCAAGAGCAAGGCUAACUCCAAUCCAGUCAAGCAUGAGGAAUUGGUAGACAUCUUCAUCAACAACUACCAGAAUCAGAUCUUACAACCUACCCAGAAAAUUGUGAUGGAGUUCAAGGGCAUUAUCUACGGGUUGCUUAUCCAUAGCGUCCAGGUUAUCGAUCUUAAUAGCAAAGAGAAAUUGCCCUCAAUAAAAGAAAGCAGCGACUUGUCAGUUAAGGGUAUUCUCAUCAAGCAAACUGAGGUGAUCUUUUACCCCAACGAAAACUCAAUUAUUAAUUUGGCAAAGCCUUCUUCCUUAAAGGGUAAGAGAAUAGGUGGCGGUGGUGCUGGCAGACCAAGAGCCAGAAAACAAAUUAUCAAUCCUGACUUCAAGUUAGAAGAUUUGGGUAUUGGUGGUUUAGACGCCGAAUUCCAGGAUAUAUUCAGAAGAGCUUUCAACAGUAGAAUUUUGCCUCCUGAAAUUGCUGAAAGAUUGGACUACAAGCAUUGUAAGGGUUUGUUAUUAUUCGGUCCCCCAGGUACUGGUAAGACUUUGAUUGCUCGUAAAUUGAGUAAGAUGUUGAACGGUAAGGAGCCAAAGAUUGUCAAUGGUCCAGAAAUGUUGAGCAAGUAUGUGGGUGCCUCCGAAGAGAAUAUCCGUAACUUGUUCAAAGAAGCGGAAGCAGAAUACAAGCAAAAGGGUGAUGAUUCGGACUUACAUGUCAUUAUCUUUGAUGAAUUGGAUUCCGUCUUCAAACAAAGAGGUUCCGCAAAAUCUGAUGGUACUGGUGUGGGUGACAACGUUGUCAAUCAAUUGUUGUCCAAGAUGGAUGGUGUUGAUCAGUUGAACAACAUUUUAAUUAUUGGUAUGACCAACAGAUUGGACUUGAUCGAUAGUGCUUUGCUUAGACCUGGUAGAUUUGAGAUCCAAAUCGAAAUUGCUUUGCCAGAUGAAAAGGGUAGAAAGGACAUUUUAUUAAUCCACACUGCAAAGUUGAAGGAGAACAACUUAUUGACUAAGGAUGUUGAUUUUGAUGAAUUGGCUGGCUUAACCAAGAAUUUCACUGGUGCGGAAUUAGAGGGUUUAUGUAACUCUGCAAAAUCAUUUGCAAUCAGCAGACACACAAAAUCAGGCUCUGUUGCCCAAAUUGAUGCUGCUACUAUUGACAAGAUGCAAAUCACUAGAAACGACUUUUUGUUAGCUUUCAGCGAAGUGAAACCGGCUUUUGGUACGGACGAAGAAGAUUUGACCUUGGCUGCUCCACAUGGUAUUAUUCCAUUCAACUCCAGUAUCAAGAACAUUUUUGACAGGGGUCAAUCCUUUAUUGAUGAAGUUAAGAGUAGUGAAACCGAAACUUUGAUUAGUGUCUUGGUACAUGGUCCUAGUGGGGUGGGUAAGACUGCUAUUGCGGCCACUUUAGCCCUCAAUUCCGAUUUCCCAUUCAUUAAGAUGCUUUCAGCUGAAAGUAUGGUGGGUAUGUCUGAGCCGGCCAAGAUUCAAUACAUUGAUAAUGUUUUCAGAGAUGUUUACAAGUCGCCAUUGAACAUUUUGGUCAUUGACAAGAUCGAGACUUUGAUCAAUUACGUUCCCAUUGGACCAAGAUUCUCCAAUGAGAUUUUACAGUUAUUGAUGGUUUACUUGACGAAAAAACCACCAAAGGGUAGAAGAUUGUUGAUCAUAGGAACAACCUCUCAGUACUCUGUCUUGAAACACAUGAACUUAAUUGACUGUUUUACCAAUACUGUUGCAGUUCCUUCCAUCCGGUCGGUGGAAGAGAUUGGUAGAGUAUUGACCAAGAUCGGCUACAUGAGCCAAGAAGCUGAAAAGAACGAUAUCUUGUCUCAAUUGUCUUCGUUCGAGAUCAAUAUCGGUAUCAAGAGAUUGCUCCAAGUUUUGAUGAAUAGCAAGUACUUGAAGAGUGACGCAAAUGGUGUGGUAGAGAAUAUUAUCGACGCCCACAAUGUAUAG